AUGGCGAUGUUUAGCGGCUCUGAACGCUUCAUCUGGAAUGACUCGGAACAGGUUCCGGAAGACCUCCGCCUCCAGUGGAAUUCUUCUAGUGGUUGGGAGGAGGAUACGGAGCGUAACUACUAUGCCAUGCUGUACUCCCUGCUCAUCCUGGCCAUCGUGUUUGGCAACGUGCUGGUGUGUCUGGCUGUGGUGCGGGAGAGGUCCCUACAGACCACCACCAACUACCUAGUGGUGAGCCUGGCUGUAGCUGACCUGCUGGUGGCCUCGCUUGUCAUGCCCUGGGCCGUAUACCUGGAGGUGGUCGGAGGGGCGUGGCUCUUCAGCAGGAUGUACUGUAACAUCUUUGUCACCUUGGAUGUCAUGAUGUGUACCGCCAGCAUUCUCAACCUGUGUGCUAUCAGCAUUGACAGGUACACAGCGGUGGUGAUGCCUGUCCUCUACAACACCACACACAGCUCCAGGAAGCGGGUUUCGGUCAUGAUCGCGACAGUGUGGAUCCUGGCCUUUGCUGUAUCCUGCCCCCUGCUGUUCGGAUUUAACACAUCAGGCGACCCGACGGUGUGCUCCAUCUCCAACCCUGACUUUGUGAUCUACUCGUCGGUGGUGUCCUUCUACCUGCCCUUCACUGUCACCCUGUUGGUGUACGUCCGCAUCUAUGUCUUCCUACGGAAAAGGAGGAAGAGGAUCGCCUUCCGCCAGGCCAGAAGUGGAAAGGUCCAGCCAGGCUCGGCCCUGCCCUCAGUGGAGACAUGUCUGCAGGAGGAAACCCCCAAGGAGAAGAGAGACCUGUCUCCCAUCAGGAUCAAAGUGGAGAGUGUGGAGCCGGCAGUGCCCCCUAAAACUCACCUCAUAUCGGGGUGCCUGAGGCGUAAGCGUACCCGGACGGCCCCCGUGGAGAACACUCUGCUGCCCCCAGUGGACAUCCAGAACUACUGCAGCAUCAGCCACGCCUCCUGCGGCCGCACCGAGCACGAACAGGACCGUGCCGAAGAAGAGGAGGAGUUGGCCAAAGAGAGAGCGCGUAGACCCGUGAGGAGGAGCUGUGAGGUUAAGGAGUUGUCCAAUGGACGCAUUCACACGGCCCUCCGCCCCACCCCCUGCUCCCAGUCCCUGGCCGGCCAACAACAGCAACAACAUGGAAUCAGGAGCAUGCAGAACAGGGAGAAGAAGGCUACGCAGAUGCUGGCCAUUGUUCUUGGAGUGUUCCUGAUCUGCUGGCUGCCGUUCUUCGUGACUCACAUCCUGAACACCCACUGCAGGACGUGCCGUAUUCCCCCGGAGCUCUACAGCGCCUUCACCUGGCUGGGCUAUGUCAACAGCGCCCUCAACCCUGUCAUCUACACCACCUUCAACAUUGAGUUCAGACGCGCCUUCAUCAAGAUCCUCAGCUGCUGA